AUGUAUGGCGGUUCUGGUGGCUACAGGCGAGGCAUGGUGGGAGGUUAUCGCGUAUACGGAGGCCAGGGUGGACACGGCCAUGGUAUGAUGGGAGGAUACGGAGGAUACGGCAGCGGUAUGGGAGGAUACGGAGGAUACGGCAGCAGUAUGGGAGGAUACGGAGGCGGUAUGGGAGGCGGCAUGAUGGGAGGAUACGGUGGAUACGGCAGCGGUAUGGGAGGAUACGGCGGAUACGGCAGUGGUAUGGGAGGAUACGGUGGAUACGGCAGCGGUAUGGGAGGAUACGGAGGCGGUAUGGGAGGCGGCAUGAUGGGAGGUUACGGUGGAUACGGCCAAGGCAUGAUGGGAGGUUAUGGCGGAUACGGAGGCCAAGGUAUGGGAGGAUACGGAGGCGGUAUGGGAGGUGGUAUGGGAGGCGGCAUGAUGGGCGGAUAUGGAGGUUAUGGUGGAUACGGAGGUGGAAUGAUGGGAGGUUCUGGUGGAUACGGAGGUGGCAUGAUGGGAGGUUUCGGACGCAAGAAGAAGGGAUACUAUUAA